UUCUGCCAGGCGGGCAGCAGGAGCAUCCAACUCAGGACCAUGGUGAUUCUUCAGCAGGGGGACUAUGUGUGGAUGGACCUGAGAUCCGGGCAGGAGUUUGAUGUGCCCAUCGGGGCGGUGGUGAAGCUCUGCGACUCUGGGCAGAUCCAGGUGGUGGACGAUGAAGGCAAUGAGCACUGGAUCUCCCCGCAGAACGCCACACACAUCAAGCCCAUGCACCCCACCUCGGUCCACGGCGUCGAGGAUAUGAUCCGCCUGGGGGACCUCAAUGAGGCGGGCAUCCUGCGCAACCUGCUCAUCCGCUAUCGGGACCACCUCAUCUACACGUACACGGGCUCCAUCCUGGUGGCUGUGAACCCCUACCAGCUGCUCUCCAUCUACUCGCCAGAGCACAUCCGCCAGUAUACCAACAAGAAGAUUGGGGAGAUGCCCCCCCACAUCUUUGCCAUUGCUGACAAUUGCUACUUCAACAUGAAACGCAACAGCCGUGACCAGUGCUGCAUCAUCAGUGGGGAGUCUGGGGCAGGGAAGACGGAGAGCACAAAGCUGAUCCUACAGUUCCUGGCGGCCAUCAGUGGGCAGCACUCGUGGAUCGAGCAGCAGGUCCUGGAAGCCACCCCCAUCCUGGAAGCAUUCGGGAAUGCCAAGACCAUCCGCAAUGACAACUCGAGCCGCUUUGGGAAGUACAUUGACAUCCACUUCAACAAGCGAGGAGCCAUCGAGGGCGCCAGGAUUGAGCAGUAUCUGCUGGAGAAGUCACGCGUCUGUCGCCAGGCCCCCGAUGAAAGAAAUUACCACGUAUUCUACUGCAUGCUGGAGGGCAUGAGCGAGGAUCAGAAGAAGAAGCUGGGCCUGGGCCAGGCCACCGACUACAACUACCUGGCCAUGGGGAACUGCAUAACCUGUGAGGGCCGGGUGGACAGCCAGGAGUACGCCAACAUCCGCUCAGCCAUGAAGGUGCUCAUGUUCACCGACACCGAGAACUGGGAGAUCUCGAAGCUCCUGGCCGCCAUCCUGCACCUGGGCAACCUGCAGUAUGAGGCCCGCACAUUUGAAAACCUGGAUGCCUGUGAGGUCCUUCUGUCCCCAUCACUAGCCACAGCCGCAUCCCUGCUUGAGGUGAACUCCCCAGACCUGAUGAGCUGCCUGACGAGCCGCACCCUCAUCACCCGUGGGGAGACAGUGUCCACCCCGCUCAGCAGGGAGCAGGCGCUGGACGUGCGGGACGCCUUCGUCAAGGGGAUCUAUGGGCGGCUCUUCGUGUGGAUCGUGGACAAGAUCAACGCAGCAAUUUACAAGCCUCCCUCCCAGGAAGUGAAGACCUCUCGCCGGUCCAUCGGCCUCCUGGACAUCUUCGGAUUCGAGAACUUUGCUGUGAACAGCUUCGAGCAGCUGUGCAUCAACUUCGCCAACGAGCACCUGCAGCAGUUCUUCGUGCGGCACGUGUUCAAGCUGGAGCAGGAGGAGUAUGACCUGGAGAGCAUCGACUGGCUGCACAUCGAGUUCACCGACAACCAGGACGCCCUGGACAUGAUCGCCAACAAGCCCAUGAACAUCAUCUCCCUCAUCGACGAGGAGAGCAAGUUCCCCAAGGGCACGGACACCACCAUGUUGCACAAGCUGAACUCCCAGCACAAACUCAAUGCGAACUACAUUCCCCCCAAGAACAACCAUGAGACCCAGUUUGGGAUCAACCACUUUGCAGGCAUUGUCUAUUAUGAGACCCAAGGCUUCCUGGAGAAGAACCGGGACACCCUGCAUGGUGACAUCAUCCAGUUGGUCCACUCCUCCAGGAACAAGUUCAUCAAGCAGAUCUUCCAGGCUGACGUCGCCAUGGGCGCCGAGACCAGGAAGCGCUCGCCCACACUCAGCAGCCAGUUCAAGCGGUCGCUGGAGCUGCUGAUGCGCACGCUGGGUGCCUGCCAGCCCUUCUUCGUGCGCUGCAUCAAGCCCAAUGAGUUCAAGAAGCCCAUGCUAUUCGACCGGCACCUGUGCGUGCGCCAGCUGCGGUACUCGGGGAUGAUGGAGACCAUCCGAAUCCGCCGAGCCGGCUACCCGAUCCGCUACAGCUUCGUAGAGUUUGUGGAGCGGUACCGCGUACUGCUGCCGGGCGUGAAGCCGGCCUACAAGCAGGACAAUCUUCGGGGGACAUGCCAGCGUAUGGCUGAGGCUGUGCUGGGCACCCACGAUGACUGGCAGAUUGGCAAAACUAAGAUCUUUCUGAAGGACCACCAUGACAUGCUGCUGGAGGUGGAGCGGGACAAGGCCAUCACUGACAGAGUCAUCCUCCUCCAGAAGGUCAUCCGGGGGUUCAAAGACAG